AUGAAACAUGUUACUUUAGCACAAUGUUCACUAUUAUUUGUCAGUUGUCAGCAAAAAGGUAAAGUAAAGUGGGGAAAAGAACUUUUUCCCAAUGUAGAAGUUAAUACAGAUGAAGAACCAAUGUUGUUCAAAGCACAACUUUUUGCACUGACAGGAGUGCAACCAGAAAGGCAAAAAGUUAUGUUAAAAGGAAUGACAUUAAAGGAUGAUGAUUGGGGAAACAUUAAGUUAAAAGAUGGUAUCACUGUAUUAAUGAUGGGUUCCAAAGAAGAGGAUGUACCAGUAGAACCUAGAAAACCAUUAUUUUUGGAGAUAUGAAUGAAUUCUGAAUUAGCCACUGCUUUUAGAUUUACCAGCUGGUUGACAAAUUAGGAAAUACGUGUUUAUCUUAAUGCAACUGUGCAAUGCCUAAAAACUGUCCCUGUGCGGGAUGCUCUAAAGAACUUUUCAGGAGGGCUUGCAGUCUCUUAUUUCAUCGCUGUACCUGCGCAAAGUAUAACUGCUGCAUUAAGAGAUCUUUACAAUAGCAUGGAUAAAGGAUCAUCUUUGCCACCUGUUGUUCUUCUCCAAAUGAUGCAUUCAGCAUUUCCAAGAUUUGCUGAGAAAUCUGAUCAUGGUAGAUUUCAACAGCAAGAUGCUAACGAGUGUUGGACUGAGCUCAUUAGGAUGUUGCAACAAAAAUUACCAGCAAAGGAAAAUCGUACUUCAGAAGAUAAUGGACAGACUUAUAAACCUCGAUCAUUAAUUGAACAGUAUUUUGGAGGAACAUUUGAUACAGUAAAAUGUAUAGAAUGUGAAGAUGAACCCCUACCUAAAGAGGAAGAAUUUUUGCAAUUGAGUUGUUUCAUUUCAACAGAAGUUAGAUACAUGCAUUCUGGACUUAGGAAUAAAAUGCAAGAACAACUUACAAAAAUGUCACCGACUCUAGGUAGAGAUGCAAUGUAUACAAAAACGUCGAAAAAUUAGCAGAUUACCGGCAUAUUUAACAAUUCAAUUUGUACGUUUUUAUUAUCAA